CGGGGGAUUCAGUGCACAAGCAGGAGCAGCAGUAGUAGAGACUGGAGUGAAGUGAUUCUCUUCUCCUUGUGAAAUCCUGCAAACCCUGUGUUGGACCUUCACCCUGUUCCCAGCGCAUGCUGUGCACCUAGACAUGUGGCCAUAUGUGUCCCAGAGUAACCUGGACAUGGCUGCGAUGUAUGGACCAUUGGAGAACUAUGGAAGCAGUGGAUGCAGCAGUGCUACCAGUAAUUUAGGCAGCUCUAUUACAGCUUGUAAGAAAAUACUGUGCAGCACCCGACCUGGAGAGUCAUUGGAUUACUGGCUACAGAACUCCAGGAAUCUGUGCAGGAUAGGACUUAUUGAAGAAAGGUUGGAAACCCACAGCACAUCAGUAUGUUUUGUGAAUCUCAGUGUUAUGAAGGAGGAUUCAAGCCAUGACAUUUUAAGAAAGAAAUUGCUAGAUGUGUCUACAGACAUCCCCAAACUAAUGACAUCAAUGAAGGCACAGGAGCUAAAAGAAAAUGAGAUUAUACUUCUGAGUGGAUUAACAUCGGGGAAGCUUCGUCCAGGAAUUGAGGGUCAACAAGUAUCUUGGCCAACAGAGAUCUGUCUUCUACAAUACACAAGGGCCCUUGGGAAAAGUAGUCCUUCCUGCAUCCUCUUGGAACUGAAUAAAUUUCUUCUUGGCUUGGAGCUGGCACAAGAGAAUACACUGCAUCAUGACAGCUCCCCCUUGCAAGCUGAGGAUGAUACUAACUGCUCGGUGUCCUCCAUUGAGGAAGAUUUCCUGACUGCCUCUGAGCAGCUGGACGAUGAGAGCGAUGGGGAGAACUGCAGGGGAGAAUCUCCUGAUGACAUCAAGAACAUAAGACAAAAAGCAAGCUUUCACGGCAUACAUAGCAAAGAGUCCCAUUCUAAAUUAGAAGACCACAUACAGCCUGCUACUGAGACUUUGUAUUCAAAACAAAUACAAGGAGAGGAGCUACUUGGGGAACUUUUUCUGGAUGGAGUAGAGAGAAAACUUGCAUCGAAUGUAAGGAGAAUGUCUUCGGUUGUAGAUACUCAUGAAGGACGCAGACAUGUAAAAAGACAUUGCCUCCAUGACCAGUGCAAAGUGGACAUAUGCAAGAAGCAGGCUGAAAAUGAAAACAAUGAUUACACAGAGGUGUGUACUUCUGACCGUUUCGGUGAACCUGCCACCACUGGCCAGUAUGCAACCAACCUUGCCGAAUGUGUGUUACAAGAUGCAUUUAUUAGACUAUCACAGCCAGAAACUUCUUUCACCAAGGAUGCAGCUGUUUCUAUUUCAGCUAGAGACACUUUGCCUUCUGGAAACUUCACCAAACAAGAUGCUCCGCUAGCUUCUCGUUCGUGGAAUGAACUCCCUAAAAUUGUGAUAGUACAAAGCCCAGACAGCUAUGAAAACCUAACAGAGUGGACAGAUGAAUCUCACUGGUUGGAGCAGGAAAGUCCUACGAAUGUUUCUGUAAAGUGCACAGAUGAUAAUGGUUCUGUUGUUUCCACAAAAAACACUUUAGAAAUGGCCUUAGCUUGUGCUGCAUCAGUAAUUGGAACCAUCACAAGCCCUCAAACUGCUAAGAAAAUAAAGAUAGAACACGAGGGACACAUGGAUUUAGAUAAAAACUCAGAUGAGCAGCAAAGUGACAGAGUAGGACUUUCAGGCAUCGGUUUGGGGCCUGAGUAUUCUGUUCCAUCUGCACUGUGUGAAAUGACUCAGGUGGCAAGUGCAGUAGCAGUCUGUGGCCUUGGAGAACAAAAACAGAUCUCUUAUCCCACCGCGGCCAGUGGACUUCUGGCAGCUGCUGAUGCCUCCACAGCUGUUACUCUGCAUUGCAGCAUUACAUUGGGAAGCAGCUUGGAAACACUUAAAGACAACAUUGCAAAGGUUUUGCUUAGAGAAGCCUCUAUGGUAUUGACAAGUCCUUGCACCUAUAGGAAUAUUGGAGAGUAUAUAGAUUCUUUGAAUGAAAGCAUUUUGAGUAGUGUAAACUCUUCCAAACUGACACAUGUAGAGGAUGUUGUUAAUGAUGAUCUGGCUCAUAACUUGUCUGAUUCAAUCCUGAGAUAUUCUGCUGAGAAAGCUACACAGAGGCUACAUAGUAAUGAUGGCAAGGGCAAACCUAGGACACAAGGUGCUUUUGUUGCAGCAGCAACAGAACUACUUUUCAAUGUGAUGCAUUUCACCUGCAAAAAGAUGGGCGACUUGGUACUAUCAGGUGACCUGCCUUUUGACCUUAAGGAUGAGAAUUCACAGAUAGAGGAGAGUCAAAGUCAUGAAUUGAUAGAUGAUAUCACAGUAGUUCAAAAGUCAGAGGACCUUAUGAAUAGGACCAGGCAACACCAGCUUUGCAAGAACAGCUCUGAUUUAAAACAUGAGCAUUUGGAACAAAAACUUCCCCAAUAUGAGACCACUGAAGCUGAUACACCAGCAGAACCAUUCAAUAGAAACAAUGGCCAAGCAAAUCUGCUAUUGCAAAUGUCAUCUAAUAAACCAUAUAUGAAAAGGCAGAUGUACAGACGCCAUCACAAUGAGCACAGAGCCUUCUUAUCCAAAGAAAUCAACAUUAAUGCAGAAGAAAUCAAGCACUCCAGCCAAGAUAAUGGAUCAAUGGAAGGAGUGAUACAUUUUGGAAGCCAGGAAAAACUUAAUUCUGAGCCCAGUUUAUUAAAGGACUUUUCUUCAAACUCAAGUCCCCCAAUUAAUUACAUGCUACAUCCAUCACACACUUUGAUUUCAGUGAAACAUUCAGCCACCAAUUACUGUUUAACAGACUUUGCAGAUGAUUUAGCAGAAACAGUUGUUUCUAUGGCCACUGAAAUUGCAGCAAUUUGCCUAGAAAAUUCCCAUGGGAAGCAGCCAUGGUUUUGUGCCUGGGCAAAAGGUAGUGAAUGCCUCAUCCCACCAUGUCGAGCUGUGAAAAGAAAAAAAGACACAUCCUCUGGUGGAUCUGUAGUAAGGAGACACAGGCCACCUCGCCUUAGUGAAAUUAAAAAGAAAACAGAUGAGCACCCAGAGCUAAAGGAAAGGCUUAUGAACAGAGUAGUGGAUGAGUCCAUCAACCUUGAGGAUGCUUCUGAUGCUGCCAAUGCUUUUGCCAAUGAAGUGGCUUCAAAAAUUAUGAAUCUAACCGAGUCAUCUGUGGCAGACACUCUUUGGCAAGGACAAAACGUGUCACGCAACAGGUUACAAUGUGACAGAUGGAGCAGGGGUAAAGCAUCGAGUUAUGAAAGCAUUCCUGAGGAAGACUCAAAUGCUAAAAGCCUCCCCAACACUUUGGAUCCAAGUAGCAUUUUAGGGCUGCCAUUCAGCAGGACAAGUUCAGUGUCAAAGCAGUCCAGCUGUGAAAGCAUCACUGAUGAGUUCUCUAGGUUUAUGGUUAACCAAAUGGAAAAUGAGGGCAGGGAGUUUGAACUGCUAUUAGAUUAUUAUGCUGGGAAAAAUGCAGCUAACAUCCUGAAUUCUGCAUUACAGCAAGUCUCAAAGAGAAACAAUCACUUGAAUGUGAAAACUAGUUGUCUGUCUAAGCAAUCAAGCACAGAGAGCAUAACAGAAGAGUUCUACCGGUAUAUGCUGAAGGAAAUAGACAAAGAAAAUAAAGAAAUAUCCAACAGAAACACUGCAGCAUGGACAAGCAGUUUACGACCUCCAUCACCCCGCACUCCGUUCUGCUUUCGUCAGUCUUCAAUGCCCUGUAAUCGAUCUUCAAGCGCCCGUUUGACUGUGAACACUCCAGUCAAAGCAAAUUCUUUGGAUGGGUUUGCAAGAAGUGGCUCACAAGAUUUUCUCUAUCUGCAGCCUGUCAAUUCUAUGUCCUCUAUCAACCUUUGCAAAUCAGACUCUUGCCUGUACCAAAGUUGCCAGACUGACCAAGUCACAGAUAUGUUAAUUCAUGAAACAUGGUCCAGCUCUAUUGAGGACCUAAUGCGCAAGAACAAGAUCAUAGUAGACAACACAGAGGACAGUGAUUUAGAUUUAUCUCCAAACGGUUCCCCAGCCCAUGUGGACAAUUAUGCUAACAAACUAGCUGCUGAUAUUGUACAAAGUGGUAGAUGUCUCCUGGUUUCACAGCAGGAUUCCCUAGAUGACUCAAAUAAAGGAGGCUUAAAUUAUAGGAGUAUAAGCCAAGGUCAUCACAAAGAUGGAGACAGACACGACUUUGAGAGCGAAAAAGUAAUGACAAAGAAAUCUCUGACUGCUCACCAGCCUGGUUUAUGUUUUGGCCCCAGGGAUGUACCACUUAUACAGAUUGAAACAGAACAAAGGGAUGAGACAGAGGUAGAGGAUAAAGGAAACAUUCUGGAUUUGACCUUUUCAGAAGAUUCCAAGUGUUCAAAACAAGAAGGAGAAAGAAAUGUAUUCUCAGCAGAAGUCAGUGAUGUGCAGAGGAGAACCAGGCAGGGAAAAAACAAUCCUGAGCCCCCUACUCCUGCAAGUAGCAGUGAGGACAGUACUGGCAGCUGGUCACAACUGGCCAAUGAGGAGGAAAAUCCAGAGGACACCAGUAGCUUCCUGCAGCUGAGUGAGCGCUCCAUGAGCAACAGUAACAGCAGUACUGCCAGCAGUGCAGGAGCCAUGGACCUGGAAGCCUAUCUGGAGGUGGUUUCAAGCACUGCUACCGCUAACAUAAAUGUAGAAGAGAAACAUCUGACCAAAGAUCUGCAGGACAAUCUAGAUGAAUGUACCUCUGGGCUAUCGGUGGGCACGGCCAGCUUCCAACAUGAAGUCUCUGUUCUAAACAUUGACCUGGAGUCAGACUGCACUCAGUCGGAAUUACACACAACCUUGCAGUGGAUCGCUGCCUCAGAACUGGGAAUUCCUGCUGUCUUCUUCAGGAAAUCCCAGGAACAGAAUAUCCAAAAGUUCCUUGAAGUCACACAUUUAGUUCAAUCGAAGUCCUGGAAAGUGGGGGACAUCUUCAGCGCCUUGAUUCUUCAUUGCAAGAUGCAGAAGCAGGGGAGCAAAACAUCGGCCAGCUUUUUCGACUGGCUUCUGGAACGUGGAUAAGGAAUGUUAGAAAUUUCCAACAACCAGGUGUCAGCCAUGAGGUUCUAGACUCGCCUGUCUUAUCAGUCCAUAGACAGGCAACAGUGUACAGCGACAAAAAUAGCAUUGCCAGAUUGUAUAUUUAGAAUGUAUUAGAAACACGUUUUCUAGGCGUGGACCAUUAAUAUUUUUCUAAUAAAUAUAAAUAAGAUGUGUAUAUAGAUAUAUAUAUACAUACAUACACACACACACACACACACACACACCUAUAUAUGUAUAUACAGUAUAUAUUGAUUAGAGCACCUUUAAAUUGGCUGUGUUUAAGUGGACUGUGAUUAUUUUUUUUACAGUAAUGGGAAAUUUCAUUUUAAUUGGCUCUAAAAUGUGUGCUUGACACAUUCUUCACUUCUUGAUAUUUUGUUGAACAGUGGAAUUGAUGGAAAAUGUACCAGCCAGUUCCGGACUGCGGAGAUAUCUACCAGACAUUCACAGAAAAUAUUAAAUUGCAUUUUGGAGAUAUAGGAUUUUUGCCAACAUCAAAAGAUUGUAUAUUUUAUAAAAAAGUGAGAGAAAAUAUUAUAUCGGAAAAUAGGAUUCCUUAUUUGAAAGUAUCAGAUAGUACAGUAUAUAUCAGGCUGAAAUGCUUUAAUGGUACAAAAGAAACAGUGUAAGUGGGUCGUUAUUCAAUAUGAAAGUAUUACAGUAUGAAUGUACAGUGUUAUGGGAACCCUUGAAGGCUGCAUGGCAUUUGAGUAGUCAUAAAUAUAUACCGGUAUCUAUUUCUUCAAAAUAAUGGCAGUUUGAAAGUGGGGAUUUAAUUUAUCAGGAAUGCAUAUAAAAAGGUAAAAAAAUGUAUCAUUUAUUUAUUUUAAUGUAUUUUAAUUUCCCUCCAUCUUAAAUGUGCAUCAUGCAUAUAUAGCAACGGCCUAUAAAUAUUCACAUGAAAGCUGAAUACUUGAUGGGUAGUAAAAUAGUAUGGGGCAGAUUCUGCAGAAUUCACAUCUGCUUAUUAAAGGAAAUUUAAAUGAAUGUAAAAUUACUCAGAGCUCUCUUCUCCACACUUUUGCAGUUAACACUAUUUUUUUUUCUAGGUUUCGAGAUAUUAGCAGAUUUUACACUGUUAAUAAAAUGAAUCUGAAACAAUGGGCAGCAUGGCAGUUGUAUGAUGUUGCUCUACUUGGAACUAUAUAAUAGGAAAAGAUUAGCUGGGUAGCGAAAUGCAUUUAAGUGUAGAAAGUUUCACAGUUUAAUGUUCAUUUCAGUAGAAAUCCAAAAAGCUCGGGACCAUGGGUUUUCUGGAUAACAGAUAUUUCCAUAAUUUGGAUCUUCAUACCUUAAAGGGGUUGUUAACCUUUGACUUA